UCCGCCAGUUAACUGCGCGUCAUGACUCGGCAGCAAAGUUUGCGUUGGCGGCACAAAAAUCGACCAUGGCUGUGAAUCUCACAUGCAAUGUUUUUAGUUGUGUGACAGACACCACAGAAAAUGUAAAUUCACAUCAGGAGGGUGAACUGCUAUGAGAAUGGAGUGAUCUGGGCGCAUUUUAAGCACUUUCAGUGAUGGAGAGUCCGUCGCAGAUUGAGAGGCGGCAGGCGUGGGCGCGCAGCACCCGCCGCAAGUUUACCGUAAGAGAAACGGAAAACCUUGAUCCUCAUCUUCAUGCGUCCCUUCAAGAUGACGUCUUUAUGGAUGGAUGCUCUGCAGGAAAGAUUGAAACUUGGCUUCAAGGUUGUGGGAAUGACGCCAGUCAGGCGAAAAACAGUCACCAGACAGUAGGUCCUUUGAGGACAGGUGCCAGCUUUGAGGAUGAUCUGAGUCUGGGAGCCGAGGCUACUGCACUGUACACUGCAUCAAAUGUGUCACAGUUUAGCACACGUCAACAGAAACUCAGCCUGCCGUUGCUUAACAUGGGCCAAAGCGUUGCAUCCAGUGCGCUCUCGGCCGCUACCAGCAGGACUGUUUCCAGCGUGAACGAUGUUCUCCAGAUGCGGGCUGAAGAUGCAGAAGAUACUCUCUAUCAGCUUGGCUUCGGUUGCGAGGAACCGCAGGUGACCGCCCGCAUCCCCCUCCGAUUCUUUAACUUCCCGUCCCAGCUCCGAGGCAUCAAUUUCCGCCUCUUCCUCGAGUCCCAGCUCUCCAGGAUACACCAGGAAGAUCCGUGUCUCUCAUUAGCAAGUCGUUUUCGACAAGUAGAGGCGUUGACGGCGAUGGCCAACGCUUUUUAUUCGUUAUACUCACAUGUAUCUCGAACGCCGCUUCAGAAGCUCGCCCCGCCACAGUUGACCCUCACCUCACCAAUCACAGAGAGAACCAUGUUUCGAUCCAGCGUCCGCAGCGAACCGCGUUCCCCCGUCGAAAGACUGAAAGACACAAUCUCAAAGAUGUGUUUGUACACCGGUUCCCGCGGCUCAGAUUCGGCUUCUCCGAGCGGCUCACCGCGAAAGCGUAAAAGCUUGUCGGACAAAACCGAGAGCUGGAAUGUCAAUGCUGAUGAUCAGGGUACAAUUCCAGACCUCGAUAUGGAAGUAGAUGAUUUGGAAAAAGAUAUGGACUGGUAUACAGAGACAUUUGAACUGAGGAGCGAUGAGACCGAAGAUGUACCUUUACUAAAUUCAGGAGAUAAGGAAAAAGUAACACUGUCUACAUUAUCAGACUGCACACAAAGUGACAAGGAAAUGGAGUCUGACGGUUCCAAUCUGCCUUCUGUUUCUUUAAAGAACACGAGUGUUACCAUGGUACCCGUUCCUGUCAUUACCCAUGACGUCAUACACCCUCAGGUCAUUGAAUAUGUGAAUCAAGCACCUUAUCACUGCACAGAUGUCACAGACUCACAACCUUCCCUUAAACAGUCUUACUUAAUGAAUUUAACCAUAACAUCACAAAAUGACCAGGCUGCCGCUCCGCACGAUGCACUUUCUGAAAAUCGUCCCGAUGACCUUUCAUCCGAGCAUGCAGUCUCCCCACAAAAGUCAUUGUGUCAGAUCACAGUCACCGGAUGGGAAGGCGAUGCCAUCGUUCCCAACAAAGACGCACAUGAAGUGUGUUCAUUCGACGUCCAAAAGCAGUUAAGCACGAUGCAACUACUUAACCUGAGCAGGUUAAAUCAAUGCCCAAAACAAGGAAACUCUUUUGAGCUGGAGGAGGUACACAGCGCAGAAGAAGAGGAAGCAACUUCAUCAGAACUCAGUCCCACAGUCACAUUGUGUGUUUCAACACAUCACCAAAAAUCUUCACCCUUACGAGGAGACAGUUUCCAGUCAGACAGCAGUGGAUUUGCUGAAGAGGAGUUUCCUCAUUGCCUGUCCAUACCUGAAAAACGUAUCGUCACUAAAGUAACGUCAGACGCUCAGCAAGACCAAGAGUAAAUGUUCUCCUUUGACCUUCAUCGCAGAAGCACAAUGACUUUUAUCAGACCUUGUCUUAGCUGUUGACUUGAAUAUUAUUUUCAUAUGUUUUUGAGUCUGUUGGUGACAUCGUUGUUCGAUGACCACACCCACAAAUACAUCUACUGUUACUCUGUGUCACCAAGCUGUUUUACUUUAUUUUGUGCCAUUUGAGUAAAACGGGAUAUGCUGUGGGAAAAAUAGACUGGAAACCAGGCUGCUGGAGGGAAGGUCCUGAAAAAUAAGAGGACGUUGGAAUAAUGAUCAUAGAUUAUUUGAGCACAGCGUUGUUGUUUUUUUAAGUAAAUGGGUCGAAAUGUGAUGUGUGACUUUUGUGUGUGUGAACCAGCUGGUGUAAAAUAUUGUGUGAAAAUUAUGAACCUCUGGUUUUGUUUGCUGGAAUAAGACUCCCUGCUGUAAAGUCGAGUGCACUUUUGUGUGUGUGAACCGUUUUUUUUUUACGGUCUAUGGUGUGAACCAGCUGGUGUAAAAUAUUGUGUGAAAUGUCGAGUGCACUUUUUGGUCUUUAUAUACUUACAAACAAGCAGCGAUAUUUGUUAUUUCAUAAUAUUUGUUAUAAUGUUAAUAAAUUAUUUAUUACAAGUCGGCGAAAUGUAUUGAAACAUUUUGCGAAGACUGUGAACGAUGUAGUACUAAAUUGUGGAGUUACACCGUUAAACAGAUUUCUGUGUUCAGAAUUAUUUGCCCCUAACACAAUCGAGAGCAUGGCUGCAUCCGAAAC